AUGCGGGGCACGUUCCACCGUCUCAACGGAGACCACGCCGAGGCGGAGUUCAUGAGGAGCGGCCUCACGUGGCUGGACGUCGCUUGCAUGGAUGGGUUCAAGGUCCUAAAGCUCCCUUACAAGCGCGGCGCCGCGCCAUUGGUGCGGGCGGCGGAGUCCGGUGGAGGGCAGCCCGCCAGUACUGGCCACCUCAAGCGCCGCCGCGGGCAGGUCGCCGCAAAGUCCAAGGCCACAGCGCCGUUGACGGAGGUCAACGCGGGCACGCAGUACUUCAUGUUCUUCUUCCUCCCAGACGCGCGCGACGGCCUCUCGACCAUGGCGGACAUGGUCACCGCGUCGCCGUCGUUCCUGUACGGCAUCUUGGCCGAGAUGAAGGAGAGGCCUGUCAUGCUGGAGCUGCCCAAGUUCGCGACCUCAGGCGGCUGGGCCUCUCGCUGCCUUUCUCGCCGGAAGUCGCCGAUCGACCUGCGUGGCAUGUGGAAGGGGGACGAUGGGGACGAAGUAGUCGCCGGUGCUGCACGGCGGCCGACGUUCCUGUCCAAGGUUGCGCACACGGCGGUGGUCAAGGUGAACGAGGUGGGAACCGAGGCAGCCGCGGUGACCGUGCACUUAUGUGGCGGCGGUGGGCCACCGCCUGACCUCGUCGAGUUCACCGUUGACCAUCCCUUCACCUUCUUCAUCAUGGAGGAGCGGUCCGGGGUGAUCGUCUUCGCGGGGCAUGUCCUUGAUCCGACCAAGUGA